AUGGCACAGCAGUACGCUAAAGACCAGCCUCACGGCUUCAAGAACCACGUGGUGAACAUCGCUGUUGUGGGUGCAGGAGGCCGCAUCGGCGAAUACAUUGCCAAAGAACUCGUCAAAGGAGGUAAGCACAAAGUCACAGCCAUCACUCGACCCGACAGUACCAGUAAACUCCCCGAGGGCCUGCACGUCGUCAAAGUUGACUACAAUGAGACUUCGACCCUGGUCGAUGCUCUCCGUGGCCAAGACGCUCUGAUUAUCACCAUGGCCGUGACGGCACCGCCCGACACCGAAGCCAAAAUCAUCCAAGCCGCGGCCGAUGCUGGAGUGCCGUGGAUCAUGGCCAAUGACUGGGGCGUCGACUACACGGAUGCAGGCGUUGCCAAAGACACAAUGUUAGGCGAGCGUCGGCAUAAAGUGCACGCGCUGAUCGAGUCGCUUGGCAAAAGCUCCUGGAUCUCACUUGUGUGUGGAUUCUGGUACGAGUUCAGCCUGGGCGGGUCCGCGGCGCGGUAUGGGUUUGACUUUGCGAACCGCAGUGUGACAUUGUUCGACGACGGCAACACCAAGAUCAAUCACAGCACGUGGGAGCAGUGCGGGCGCGCCGUGGCCGCUGUGUUCAGUUUAAAGGUGCUGCCCGACGAUGCGAGUGACAAGAGCCCGACCAUCUCCCAGUUCAGAAACGAUUACGUGUACGUGUCCUCGUUCCUGGCGAGUCAGCGGGACAUGUUUGACUCGGUUCUGAGGGUGACUGGGACGAGUGAGAAGGAUUGGACAAUCAAGCAUGAGGACGUGAAGGAGCGAUAUAAGAAGGGUGUCGAGGAUAUGAAGAGCGGGAAUAUGGAGGGAUUCGUGCGCCUGUUGUACUCUAGGUUGUUCUACCCCGAUGGAUGUGGCAAUCAUGAGGCCAGCAAGGGGUUGCACAAUGACGUUCUGGGAUUGCCGAAGGAGGAUCUUGAUGAGAGGACGAAGAUUGCUAUUGAGAGGGGUGAGAAGGGUCUGUUGUGA